AUGUUUGAAUGGGAGGAAAGUAUAGACAAGGUGGUGAAGUUUGUUGCUGAGUUUACCAUGAAACUUGCUAGUGGAGCUAUUGAUUGCGAUAUUAAUCUGUAUGAGAACCUUUUGCCGGUUAAUUUUGUCAUGGGAAACAAAUUUGUCAGGGGAGAUAAACGGGGAAAGCAAGAAAAUGAUGACAUAAUAUUCCUCAAGAUUGUUCCUCCUGUGGACCAGACAUAUGUUAAAUGGCUUGCCAGAGACCUUGCAAGAAUUCACAGCUUUACUCCCAAACGUCCUCGCCCAGUGCAGCCGCCAGAUCAUUAUGUAGAAUAUAUGAAGUUGAACGGAUGGUUGGAUGUGGAUUUAGAUGAUCCUGAUCUUGCUCAUUUGUUCAAGUAG